CCAAACAAAAAUGAAGUCCCUAUUGUUCUUCUUGGGUCUUCCUCAGAUUGGGUCAAUUUUCUCCUUCAUUUCCUUCCGUUUUCACUGAUAUUCCUAGAUAUUGGAUAUCGGAUAGGCAGCCAUGCAACUCUUACAAGAAGCAGCUUAAGAUAUAUAGAAUGGCGGUUUCGGCUUUCAAAUCCUCCAGCAGAAGAAGCAACCCCACCGGUGUGGCCUCAACUUCAUCUUCAUCUUCAUCUUCAUCUUCAGCUAACACCAGCUCAACGAACAAGGCAAAUCCCACCCCAAUCAGAAGAUCCAGAAGUGUCAGCGCUUUCUCAAGGACCGCCACUGUUGACUCUCAGAACAACACUUUCUCCAACAGGAGAGACAACCCUCUCUUCUGGUCCUCUUCUGAUUCACCGACCUCCGUUGACCCGCUGGUCAAACCCGACAAAGAGGCAACCUCGUCCAGCGCGGUUGAUGCUAGAAGAGGCCGGUCGGUGUCGCGGAACGCCGAUGUCUUGGUCGGUCGGAGCCAGUCAAGAGUUGACCCGGGUAGGAGCCUGUCCAGAGUCGACACUGGGCGUCGCAACCGCUCCGUCUCCCGGUGCCCGGGGCCCAGGGGGCGUUCCGUCAUUUCCAAGAGUGAAGAUGAACAAGAAUGUACUUCUUCUUCGUUGAAAUAUAAAGGGGAGAAAGGCGAAAAGGGUGGUUUAGUUAGAACUAGCUCUGAUGAGUUGGAUCAGUUGAAGGGCCUCAAGACGUGGUCCAGUCAGCAUUCACCUUUCCAGCCUUCUUCACAUGCAAACCUGUCCAGCUUGCAAUCUUCGAAUUGGGAAGAUGGAGUUUCCACCGCCAGUUUCUUAUCUGGAGCUGGAGAGAAAUUUUUUAAAGCACCUUGUGAUCAGAUGAAUAUAAAUGAUGGACGUUCUGAUGAUAAUGUGACAGUUCAAGCACUUCAUCUGGAAGAUGAUACCACAAGUAGUAAUAUAUAUGAAACAGUUCGAUCUGAAGUGAGACGUGCUAUUUCUGAGAUUCAAAAUGACCUUGAAAGUGCUAUGCGCAGGGGCAGUACUCCGACACUAUCAGCUUCUGACAUUUCUGAUAUUCCCCCGGACCUGGUAAAUCCAAGUGCAGUUGAAUUGGUUCUGGAUAUUAGAAGAGAAUAUGCCAAAAAACUUGAGCAGUCCAAGGAACGGGCAAGAAAACUUCAAUCAGAUUUGGCUGUUGAGGAGCACCGUGGACAAGAGCUCAGCAGGAUCCUGAAGGAAGUACUUCCAGAUCCCAAGAUAUCUAAUGCGCCAAAAUCUCGUCCAGGAAGAAAAGCUAGCAUUGAGAGAAGAAAGAUGUCAAAACGUCUAACAGAGGAAGCGCUGGCCUAUUUUGAUGAGUGUGUAUCCCUGUCAACUUUUGAUAGUUCUGAUUUCUCAUCGCCAGAGGAUCCACCUUUCAACUUAAUUGGUGCUAUUACCCCUGUUGAUAAAAGUGUGUCUUUACUCCAAGAAAGUUCAAGUGCUUCACUCAUGAAUAGCUCAAACCGUAGCCUCAAUGAAAAACAGAUGUUGAGCAUCCAAAGUCAAUUUAUCAAUUCCCACAAUCCUUCAGGACUAAUGGCCAGCAGUGUUCCUGGGGAUCCCACCUUGUAUCAGAUUAGUCCUAACAGUGCCAACAGAGGCAAGGAUUGGAAAUUCUCAUUUGCUCAUAAGCCAACUGAAACUCUUGAGCUUCAACAAGACAUUAAGAAGUACAUCAGACAUUUUGAGAGAGAUGACAUGGAAUUGCAGAGUGUAAGAUCCAUCUCUCGUGAUUUGGGUGAGUAUAGCUUGCAGGCUGCAGCUGAGAGUUAUAUUUUUGAUAGGGCUUUAUUUGGAAAUAGAAUAGAGUCGCACGGUAUUACACUCUGUGGUGGUGGUACUUCAAGUUCAUUUUCUCCAUUUGCUUCUUUUUUCUGAAAGAACAAACAAGUUGAAAGAAGAUUGUUCGAAUGUAAAUUCAAAUUUCACCAAUAUGUAUCGGAAUAAAUAGUAAAUUUUGUAAGAUAUAACAAUUGAAACAGCCUAGAAACGAACACACAAGACGAGAGUCAAUCCUCUGAAACCCCAGCCACCUUAAUACGUUCCCAUACUCAACUUCUCUCGAUCUCAUCCCCAUCUCCACGAUGGAUGCUGUCACUGUCUCCUUGGCUCUUGCUGAUGGUAGCAACGGUGGAGGCGCGGUCAAAAAACAAAGUCCUGCGUUGUGAACUUUGGUCCUAUAACCGUGCAUGCUCCGGUCGUGUUGACGGAGUAUGCAUGAUGACAUUUCUCCAAUCAAGGGCGGAUUCAGCCCCUGCAAGAUUUUUCAUCCCUAAUUUUUUACUACAUGU